AUGAGGCGAUGCGGAGCCCGCGGCGGGGAGGCGGCGGCGGCGGCGGAGGAGCUCGAGACGGAGGGCGAGAGGCAGCUGAAGCGGCUGCUGCGCCUCCAGCUGGACACGGCGGCCUCGCUCGAGCAGUGUGUGGCCAAGCGGCACCGCUUCGCGCCGGCGACCGUGUACCGGCCCUUCGGGGAGGAGGCCGCGGGCGCCCGCACCUUGCCGGAGUUCCGGGCCCUGCAGGAGAGCAGCGGGGAAGCGGCCUCUCUGCAGGAGCUGGGCCUUUCCGACGCCGAGAUCCGCCUCUGGAGGCAGCGGGCCCAGAAGAGCCCUGGGCUUGGGGCUGCCCCGGAGGCUGCUCUGGAGAGGGUCCGAGCCAUCCAGGAGAAGAUGGUGGAGCGCCAGCGCAUCCUCUCCCUGCCGCAGCACUUUGCAGGCAGCAAGUCCCUCAGCAGGCGUGAGAUGGAGAUCGAGAGGGCUCUUUUCCAGGGAACAGACCAUCAUUCCUUUCUGCAGAUGUUGUAUCGCCAAGAUGAAGCUCAGCCCAAAGUUGCCCCUGAGACGGGCCCAAUGGCUCAGCUGGAUGCGGUUUAUCGGGAGCUCCUGAGCGAACCACUGCCCAGCCUGAGGCCACUGGAACCACCGGAGUCUCCCCAGAAGGUGCUUGAAUCGUCUUGCUCUACCCCCUUCACCAGCCUUGGAGCAGCUCCAUCAGCCAUGGAGCCUGUGGUGGUGACAGAGCCUGUAGCGUGUGUGCCAGAAGAGAAGAUUCUCCAGAGCCGCCUUUCCAAGGAAGAAAUCCGCAGGAUCCCCAGAUUUUCCUCCUAUAGCCCAGGGGAGCCAAGCAAGGUGCUGUAUGUGAAAAAUCUGUCUCGCAACGCUACAGUGAAUGACCUGCUGCCCUUGUUCUCCCGCUUCCAAGAGAAGGACAGCCCCCCUCUUCGUUUGCGCCUGCUGAGCGGGCGCAUGAGAGGCCAGGCCUUCCUCACCUUUCCCACCGUGUCCCAGGCCCAGGAUGCUUUGGAGCUGCUCAACGGGUUUCUCCUGCUAGGGAAGCCACUCAUCCUUGAGUUUGGGCGGAGUGAGAGGCUGGCUUCCGCCCCUGGCCCUGGGAUCAACUCUGCACUCCAGGAGACCAACAGCCAGUCAGACCAAUCCCAGACUGUUGGGGUAGCUUGAUGGCUUUACCUGCAGACGGAGAAACUGGAAGAGGUCUUGUGGGACCCGUUGCCGCUGGGGCUAUGAGCCCCUUUGCUUCCACAUACAGAGGGAGCCAACUGCAUGUGGGGAGCAGGGAAUAAAAGUGGGCUU